AUGGAUCCGGGGUAUAUUGCUCAACCUGCCACGCAAUCCACGUCAUUUCAACCGUGGUGCGGGCCCGAUAUUCUCUGCCCGGGGGCCCAGGCGAGCGACUUCUUUCUCUACACAAAAGAGCGGCUAGGGCUUGCCCAGAUCGGAUGGCUGGAGCUCGACAUCACUAUGUACAGCUCUAGGGAUCAACUAAUGAAGCUGGCGUGGCACAAGAGGGCAUUUUUGUGUGAAUGGAAUGAAGCGUUGCCCACGCACCAAAGUCUGGCUAGCAUCCGAACUGAACUCUACGAGCCGGGCCUGCUCCCGGAAUAUCCGUUCAUCCGGGUUAUCGUCCGGGCUCGCAAUGACCUCCACCGUGGACAAGAUCACCAAAGGAAUGAAUAG